AUGUCUCAAACAGGAUCAAGCAAUUUCUCACAACCUUGCAAUCCAAUGCUCAUCUUUUCGGAAUGGUACUCACAGGCACAACACACGCAUCAACAACUAUUGCACCUGCUACAAGAACAAUUCACUUCUGUUUCAAAAACCCAGCAUUCAUCACACACGAAUUCGUCUUUGAAAGAAAGUUUCAUAUCUUUACCUUCCAUCCUUCAACUUCCUCCCGAACCGGCAACCAUGAUUGUGGCUACUGUCAAUCCACAAACCAUGCAGCCUUCCACUCGGAAUGUCUUUUUAAAAUCUUUCAAUAUUGAGAGAGGAGAAUUUGUGUUUUGUACCAAUUUUCAAUCUAGAAAAGCGAACGAGAUGUUGCAAAACGAUGGAAAAAUUGCACUCAAUUUCUAUUGGAAUUAUCAUCAUUACAAUAAUAAUAAGAACGGUAAUAGUAAUUCUCAAACUAAUCAUUCGGAACGAGAAGAUGAUGAUGCUGUAGAAAUUUCUUCAUCACCACACUUCUCAGAUCGUGUGUCAGUAGCACUCAACGGAAGAUCACGACAAGUUCGUAUUGAAGGAAUUGGUUCUCUAUGUUCCGAUGAGGAAUCUGACGAGUAUUUCAAUUCUCGUCCUUUGGAGUCCAGAAUUGCCUCGAGUGUGAGUCAACAAUCAAAGAUCAUCACAGGUGGAAGGAAACAACUCUUGAAAGAAUUUGAAAAUGCUCAACAUGAGCUUUCGAGUGAAUUAAGGCGACCUUCUCAUUGGGGUGGAAUAAGAGUUAGGGCGUAUUCUAUUGAAUUUUGGGAAAGUGGAGAUCAUCGUUUGGCACAUCGAGUGAAAUAUCAUCGAAAAGGAUGGCCAUCCACUCAUACAACAAACCCAACAGAAUGCUCAGGCAACACAUUAUCUUCUCAAGAGAGUGUAACCUCAAAACCAUUUAAUGCUUGUUACAGCACAAAUGACCAUCCAGUAGAAGCAACCCAACAACAAGACGAAACAUUAUUACAGUUGGAAUGGGAGUUAGAGCCUCAGAUAUUGUAUCCUUGA